AUGUCCAAGCUCGUGCACUCCAUGUACUUUCAAUUGAUGGCCAUCGCCACGUUGGUGUCCAGGGUGACAAUGGUGUACAAGAACAUCAGGGGUUUCCCGGAGUACGACGAGAAGAUGGAACGUUACGAGAUGUACUCGCCGACGUCCGUAGCCAAAGCGAAGCUGCAUCGGUUGUUCUCGUUUAUCAUCGUGUCUACCUGUCUGAUCAUGAUAGUACCGAUAAAUCUAUUCCGGCUCUAUCUGAUCAGCCGUUACCAGUGGAAAGGCGACUACGUGAUUGUGGUGUUCUUCGUGUACCUGUACAUGCAGAACCUGAGCAUGUGCCUGACCGAGGUGAACUUCAUCCUGACUUGUUUCGGACUAAAUCAAAAAUUUCAACUCAUCAACGAGGACAUGGACGAACUUCGGUCGGUGAUCAUCGAAAUCAACAAGUAUCCCAACGUGCUGCGAUCGAAUUGGCGCGAUCAAACUACUCUUAAGACCAAAGACGACGGCAACAGCAAAAUACCAAUGUUCCAUUCGAGAACGUUAAGAUCGUUUGUCAACCGGCCGCUGACCAGGACCGUGGAGCGACUUCGGGCCAGACACCAGUAUGCCAGAAACGCUAUGGAGGACUUGAACGGGUUGUACGGCAUCCAACUGGGGUUGUCUCUGUGCGUGUUGUGUGCCAUGGCAUUGUUUGACAUCUACGGUGAAGCUUUUAGGGACAGCGAUUCGUCAAAUUCAUUCAUAUUCAUAUAUGGCUGGCUCCUACAGUACUCGUUCAGGUUUUGUGCAAUCGUGAUCAUAGCUCAUCUCACUACGGAACAGGCACGCAAAUCAGAAAAAUUUAUAACUGACAUAAACAAUCGUUAUUUGGACAAUAACACAAAAGAAGAGUUACUAUUAUUUAUGAAUCAAAUAUCCAGCCAUGACAUAGAGUUUACUGCAUGCGAUUUUUUUACUCUCAAUCCACAUCUUAUAACUUCAGUAAGUAGACGUUGUUACACAUUACCUAAUUAG